AUGUCUAGUGUUAAAAUCUCUGAACAAAAUAUCGAACUUAUUAAUUCGCCUGAUAAACCAUUAACAAAUCUAAUUGUAGAAAAAGAAUUACAGCAACAGAUUGCCGUGACUACUGGAGGUAAUAAUUCAGCUACAAUAGAUGAAAACUCAAUACAAGAUAUUGACAUUUCUAUCAAUGAUUCAUCCCCAGUUUCAGUGCAGACCAUAAUACAAUUUUACAUUGGUAUCACUUUGCUGGAAAAUAUGACAGAAGAAUAG